AUGGAAAUGCCUGAACAAAUUACAAUGGGCCCUGUUCUCUUAACGGGAGGAAACGGCUUCAUUGCAUACCACAUAAUCGGCAAAAUCCUUGAAGCUAACCCUCAGUGCGUCAUUCAUUCGCUGGACAUUGAUACCACGCGGAACCGACGUGAGGGAUUUGUCAACUUGCACUACCACAAGGCUGAUAUCUCCGUGGCCGAAGACGUCCAACGCAUUGUACGCCUUGCGAAACCUCGAACGAUCUUUCACACAGCAUCACCAGAGUUUUCGGAUGCUCCAGUGUCAGCGUAUUACUCCAUCCUUGUCGAAGGCACACGUUAUUUAGUAGACGCUGCGUUCCAGUUAGACACUGUGCGAGCACUGAUAUACACAUCUUCGUCCUCCGUGAUCCAUGAUAAUGUCUCUGAUUUGGUCAAUGCAACGGAAGAAAUGCCCAUAUUGCGACCACCAUUACAAAAACGGAUAUAUUCACUGGCAAAAGCAGAUGCAGAAGAGUUAAUUCUUGAUGCAAAUCGCCGACGCCACAUUGGUGGGCGAAUAAUUCUCACAUGUGUGCUGCGGCCAUCCUUAGUAUUUGGCGAAAACGACGUCUCAUCGCUUGGUAAAAUGGUUGCAGUCGCAAGACAAGGCCGAUCCCGUUUCCAGAUGGGCGAUGGUCAAAACCUCUUUGAUUUCGUAUACGCUGGAAACCUCGCAGAUGCCCAUUUACUAGCUGCUCGUGCGAUGCUUGCAGCUAAUGGCCAGAAUCCUCACCCAGCUGAUGCCCCAGCAGUUGACGGAGAAUGCUUCAAUAUAACCAAUGAUGAUCCCUGGCUAUUCUGGGAUUUUCAAAGAGCAAUCUCGGCACGUGUUGGUCUGCCAGUCUCACCAGAAGACAUCAUUGUCAUCCCCAAAUGGGUGGGAUUGGCUAUGGGAUUCAUUAGCGAGUGGGUUGUAUGGGCCUGGUCAUGGGGAAGUCGGGGACCCAAUAUGACUCAGGAAGGCAUUCGUUUCAGUACCAUGAUACGCACGUUAAGUGUCGAAAAGGCGAAGCGUGUUCUAGGGUAUAAGCCUGUCGUGAGUAUGGAAGAGGGCUUAGACCGUAGUGUGCGAUGGUUCUUGAAUGAGUACAAGAAGGAAAGAUAUGUUUGA